CUGACGUUUACAUAACAGUGCCACGCUAUUUAUUUACUUUCACUUUUACAACGUUUUCCUUUAUUUUGAAACAAACAAAAAAUCAAAAUAAAUGUUUAAAUAUAAUUACCAUCACAAUGAAUACUAUUUUAGAAAGCACAGAAUUGUACAUCGAUACUUUCACUGAAAUAGUCCGUAAAUUGUCAUCAUCUAUAAUGACACUGACAUUAGACACUUUUGGAUUGUCAUCAGAAUUAAUAAAUAAAGUCAAAACCAAAGAUGUAUCAUAUACUAAUAUGUUUGAUUGUUAUAAACAGUUUAUAAACUACCUGUCAUUUGAUAAUUUCCAAAUACUUCUGCUAAAAGUAUUCAUAAGUACCUUUUUAUGUAUAAUAUUUAUGAUCUAUGGAGCCUGGUAUAUUUAUGGAUCACGAAUAUCUGAUCGGUUCAUGGAUCGAGUCAUCAACAUGGACAAUAAACGCAGCAGUUUCAUCAAAGACUCAUAGCAAAAAGUUAUAAAUUAUUUAUUAUAAGUAAUAUAUGAUAAAUGUAAUAAGUUCAUUUUAUAUAAUAAUAAUAAAAAAUUAAUAUUUAAUAAUUA